GAUGAUGCCCUUAGUCGCACAAUAGCGACACGCCUUUGAGAUUUGUUUGGGGGUUUUAGCUUUCUCGCUGUCUUGGACGAGAAGACUGAAACCAAUUGCAACAAAAAAGAAAAAAGCUCUCUUCUUUGUUCAUCAUCGAUCGAUUCUUCUGCAAAAAGGUUUGUGAGAUAUCGAUAAAAGCUAAGAAAUGGAAGAUGUACUUACCGAAAAUCCUCCACCUUCAAGAUUCUUCCAAGAAGAUCUUAACAACUUUGUUCCGCCACUUGAAUCCCUUCCAUCUCCUUUCAUCAUAUUCUCAAACCCGAAACCCGAACUUCCUUUCCGACCAUCUCUACUCAUCAUAGCCAUAUCUUCACCUUCCCUCUAUGUUUUCCACAAUUUACCUUCAAAGACUCUCCUUGGAAGUCUCAUCAUGCCUGAAGUCCCGUUUUCUGGGAACACCAUGGAACCUUCAUUAGAAGACAAAUCCUGCAACAUAUAUUCCUUGAGUAGUACUGAUGACAAAAACUUGAUCCUCCUCGUCUCUGUUCAGCUUCCUGUAUCUCCUGAACGGUCUAACCUAGUCUCGAGAUUUCUCAUUGGCCAAGACAUUAUCCCCGAGCGGGUUAUAAUCUUGGAUUCUAUUCAGAGCCGUAACUUCAGAGGUAGGCUCUCACCAGACGAAACAUUGGCAGCUAAACUCGAGACAUCUGCUGAGAAGAAAGCAAUAACUCACACCGGGUUGGUGAAUCUGGAUUACUUCCCAUCAGGGAGUGUAAUCGACGGUCUGAGUGCUUCACUUUUGAGCUGGUGCCAGCUAAAGAACAUAAGAGGAACAUUGGUGAUCACAUGGCCUGAGUUUGGUCCUUCUGUUAUAAGAUUUGUCGGAGCUCUGCUGAAGAAAAUUGUCCCGAGUUUGGAUGUCGCGAGUGUGAACAAAGAUCUGGAGAGGAAUUCUUCAAGAACUGGUCUUAAAAAGGAUACUUGGCUUGACUCUGAUCUAUAUACAUGAUUCAGAGACAGUCAUAGAAGCUUCUCGAAAAGUUGUUUCAUGUUUCUAUGCUUAGUUGGACAAAACAGAGACCUUGCUUGUGUUCUCAUUGCAAAAACAGUUUUGUUUCAUGUCAACUCUGUUUCUUAGGUGUGUGUGAGGACUUGUGAUUUUUCAAAUUUUA